AUGUCCCAGCAGCAGUGCACAGAGUCGUUUGUCGAACCUGCUACUCUGUCAAAAAAUCAGAGGAAAGAAUUAGUCCGGACAUCAUUCAACAAACGGAUUCUCGAGCUGAGGAAGAGUUUUGAUGCCCAAGUCCAUGCUAUUGCGCAGGAAUUUGUUAGGCACGGUUCACGCUAUUCAGCAAACCAGAUACGAAAGCAAGUUGUCUAUAAGUUUUCUGCACCAAAAAAAGUACGGAAGCCAAUGCUCCCUAAUGCCUGGGCACAUGCAAAGGCGCAGGCACAUCGUAAACAAGAGAAAGCGCUGCCAAACCUCCCAUACUCCAAAGAGUACCUUGAGCUUCUUGACGACAUCAACAAUGAAGAAGUGACGUUUGAUGACAUAAAGAACCCACUUACUCCAAUGGAUGAACAUCACGCACGAGUUGCCUUAGAAGGUGUUGUCGUCAAAAGGGAGAAUCGGGCCCUAAAAGAAAACAUAAUCUCACCUGAACUGUCAGCACAACGCAUGGCCAUCCAUGCCCGAGACCAGCUCGUCCAAAUCGCAGAGAAUGUGAACCGGGCAUGUGGAAUUCAAGUCAUGAUUAUGAUGGCAAAAGGGUCUAGCGAUGAUUUAUUUGCACCAGUCAUGUGGGCGUCAGAGAAGGCAAAGGAGUAUUGGCUGGGUGUAGCAAAAGAGCCCCUGUGGUUACAUGCCCGGCUUAUGGAGGGAUAUUGCAUCGGGGCUACAAGCAAUGUUGUGAAGGUUCAUAAAGCACUCUCCGGUUCAUUGCGUUUCCAGUUGGCAGAAUGGACAAGAACCGAACUACGCAAGGUAACUGGGAAAACUCAGCUUCCAAUGGAGUGGGUGCCUCGGAAUUAUCUAAAGCUCACGAUCCGACAUGGUGUCAAGAUUGACAUGACACACUAUCCGGGGGGUAAGAUAGUUGAGCCCAAAAGGGCCGUGGUCAAUCAUCUUCGAGAGGCUGUCAAGGGAUGGGAAGAUGGGAAAAUCAAAUGGGUUAAGCUGACGGCAGAGGAGAUUGAGCAGCAAAAAGCAGAGCUCAGUACUCUAGAAUCUGAGGCAGCGCAAGCCCAGACUGGCGACCGUAGCAAGUCACAAGCCACCCCUAACAGCAGCGUACGGAACAGUGUGGCUGCAGGUGAAAGCAGCACGAGUAUGGGAGAUAACGUAUCACCAGCACGGCCAAGUGGUUUGAACACCGAUAAUGCCACACCAGCAAGCAGCGCCACUCACACAGGGACCGAGCCAGCGGCAACCACGGAAGUCAGCUCCAGCUCCAGUAGGGGUACUAACUCGAGGAAGAAGUGCAAAGCGCCGGCAGACCCGAAGCCACGUAAAUCUCGCCGACAGAGUACCUUCCCCGGCAACGAGAGGGCAGGGGGAUAG